GAACUGAGGUGGCAGAGUGACAGCAGUAGCAUCUGACUGCCAGUUGUUUGAAUCAGGAAACCGGUUUUUUUUCGCAAGAGAUUUGUGAAUCUGUGAUUGCCACGUAGUGGAACCAGAGAGCGAGUCUUUGCCCACAUUGGGACUUAGGAAGCCGAUGUUUGGAGAAAAUUGCUGAACGCUGUGUUGUACAACAAAACGGGAUUUAGCUGGGACACAGUACUGUUUUGGUCAUCUCUUCUCCAGGACCAAGAGAACAGGAAACCAUGGCUGCUGUUGGGAAGAAUUCAAGCCAGGAAUGAUGAGACCUGUAAGCCUCAAACCUUGUCUGCCAUCCAGAAGAGCAGCUCUGUUUUCAUAGUGCAGCUUCAGUGGUCCUUCCAUCUGGCAGACUGCUCCGUGGGUACCUUCCAGAAAUGGGAAGUCAGGAGAGGAAUGCGGAUACACAAAGUGUUCCUUUACCAUCAAAAAACAGCAGCAGUGCACCUGUCAGAUAUGCCAGCACUCACCAGAGUCAGGAGGAAUGGGAAGAAGUGGAAGGACCUCCAGAUGGUGGCAACAGUGGAGCCAGGCAGGACCUGGCUAAAGUGGAGAAGCAGGAGGGCUAUCUCCUGAAGAAGAGAAAGUGGCCACUGAAAGGCUGGCAUAAGAGAUUCUUUGUUCUGGAUGAAGGCAUCUUGAGAUAUGCGAAGACUCCAUUAGAUAUUACAAAAGGCAAGCUGCAUGGGUGUAUUGAUGUACGGCUCUCUGUCAUGACUGUUAAUAAGAAGACAAAACGCAUUGAGUUGGAUACUGAAGAAAGUCUCUACCACCUGAAGGCAAAGUCUGAGGAAUUCUUCAACACCUGGGUUGCCAAACUGUGUUAUCAUCGUCUCUUCAGGAAAUCCGAAGGUCUCAAACUCUCCCGUGCUCUCCUUUCUGAAACAGACGACUGUCAAUCAGUUUCGGCAGGAAUCACAGAAAAGAACGUAGCGGUAGAUGGCAUGUCUCCUUCCAUGGUUUCAGAAAAUGCCCAGAAAAACUUUUUGUUGAUGGACGUUUCAGAAGAGAUGGACAGCUGUUCAAAAGACCUCUCAGAAUGCCAUCAGAACUUGACAGAGCUCAGUAAACUGCUUCAGAGUCUGGAGAUUUUACAUAGGGUACAUUCAGCACCUGUCAUCUGCAGCAGCCAGAUAUCAGUGGCUGAGAAGACAAAGAAGGUGAAGCGGACAUCCAAAAUCUGGUGCACGCAGAAUUUUGCCAAGGAUGACACAAUAGGUAGCAGGGCCAGUCGGCUGCAUGCCUCGGUACCGAAUCUUCCUGGAUGCUUAGAUUUGACCCCAGCCCCCACUGCCUUUAAUCUACCUGCAGAGUAUGCCCAGCUUCAGCAGUACUUCUGUAACCUGGCACAGAAAGUUCACUGCUCUUUGUCAAGUGCCUUCACUGCAAUAACAGCAGAGAGGGAGAGACUGAAACGGACGUGGCAGGACCUCGAAACCAAACAGACUCCCACCUCCCAGCUCCUAACCUACAGAGGAUCAUUUUCUGAGGUUACAGGUGAAAAUGCACACCUUCCAAACUGUUUGCAGAGAAUUCACUCUCUUUCUGCUUCUUCAGACACGACAGUUGACUCUUUCGUUUCUGUAACCCAAGAGGAGCAGGUAUCUCCUUGUGUUGAUGGGCAGGCCCUAUUACACAAACAGGUCAACAGAAGCACCCUUUCCUUGUCUGAUUCAUACACAGAGUUCUUUGAUGCAUGUGAUGUUAUCCUGACAUCCAGUUCUUCUGAAAAUGAGGCUUCUGACUCUGAAUCCUGUGUCAGUGAGACAGCAAGCAGCACUUGGGAUAUGAACAUGGAAGCAGUGAUGGGAGCUGCACACCUGAGUAAAGGAACAAACAGCCUUGCUUAUGUCUCCUUGAAUGACGUCACCAGGAGGUCAUGUCUUCCAAUGCCAGGUCCUAAUACAAGUCACAUAAGUCUGUGGAAUAUCUUGCGGAACAACAUUGGGAAGGAUCUGUCUAAGGUAUCGAUGCCAGUCCAGCUAAAUGAACCGCUUAACACUCUACAACGCUUCUGUGAGGAGUUGGAGUACAGCGCACUGCUUGAUCUUGCCAACCACGCCGAAGAUCCCUUCGACCGCAUGGUGUAUGUAGCUGCUUUUGCUGUUUCGUCCUAUGCCUCAACAUACUAUCGUGCUGGAGCAAAACCAUUUAACCCAGUGCUGGGAGAAACGUACGAAUGUGAGCGUGCUGACAAAGGUUUUACCUUCAUCAGUGAGCAGGUGAGCCAUCAUCCUCCUGUGUCUGUGUGCCAUGCUGAAUCUGAGAACUUUGUUUUCUGGCAAGAUGUUAGGUGGAAAAACAAGUUUUGGGGGAAGUCUCUGGAAAUUGUGCCAGUGGGAACAAUCAAUCUUACUCUACCCAGUUUUGGAGACCACUAUGAAUGGAACAAGGUGACAUCCUGUAUCCACAACAUCCUCAGUGGCCAAAGAUGGAUCGAACACUACGGGGAAGUGAUCAUUAGAAAUCUGCAGAGUCCUAUUUGUCAUUGCAAGAUCACGUUUUGUAAGGCACGAUACUGGAGUUCUACUGUUAAUGAUAUUCAAGGUGCUGUACUUGAUGAGAGUGGUAGUGUGAUCCACCGAAUCUUUGGCAAGUGGCAUGAAGGUGUUUACUGGGGCACACCACCCAACACCAAAUGCAUCUGGAAACCAAACAGCAUGCCCAAGGACCAAGAGAAAUAUUAUGGCUUUACCAAGUUUGCCCUAGAGUUGAAUGAGCUUACCCCUGAUCUGAAACCACUACUGCCUCCAACGGACACACGUCUCAGGCCUGAUCAGCGGUUUUUAGAAGAAGGAAAUGUAACAGGAGCAGAAAUCCAGAAGCAGAGGAUCGAGCAGCUGCAAAGAGACAGGAGAAAGGUGAUGGAGGAGAAUACUUUAUUGCAUCAGCCUCGAUUUUUCAGGAAAUCAGUUGACAGCAGUGGGAAGGAAUUCUGGGUAAGCAAUGGAUCAUACUGGAAACUGAGGAAGGACCCUGGUUUUGCCAAGCUUGAUAACCCAGUGCUUUGGUAACACAUCAGUAGCUACUUGCUGAAAAUGUGUUAAAGAUGUGGGCGGACUGGCGUCAAGGGGCAUUUUGUCUGCAAGCAGACCUAAGGAGAAAGUGCAAUUUUUACAAGUUCGCAUACCAUGUGGAACUCAAAACUGUGUGCUGCACAUCCAUGUGACGAAAGCUGAAUGCCGAAUACUUUGUAACUGUUUUUAUUCUCUGAUGGUGAGGUGGGCAGGCCCCAUCACAUCAGCCAAAUUACUUAGGACAACAAAGCAAGAUUCAUGAAAUUGUUUAAUAAUUUUAACCUGGAGACGGGAUUCACUGUGGCCAAUACCUGGAAAGGAUAAUGUCUCCUUUCUGUAUCAUGGUUUGUGUAUCUUCCUGCCAUUGUCAUGUAAUGUCCCUGUCUAAGUAGCUCACCCUCAUGGUAGCAUAUUUUGUCCAUUUUUUUCAUUUGGUUGCUUAUGCUUUCUUUUCUGAGCCUGUCUCUGUAUUGCUGUCCUUGUAUGUGUGUGCGUGUUUUAUUCCAUGUCUAUGACUGUGUGUGCCUGAUAGGCCCGUUAUUUAUUUGUAUUACUUGCAGACAACACUAAGAUACCGCCAACAGAUAGCAAGGUUAUUUGAGAUCUCAGAUGUUAGGUUGUGAAUGUUCGUUUUGUGUUGUGCGUUUCUCUUCACAGUUCCGUUAUUAUUUGAUGCCCUGCUGGCAGACAGGUUUGGGUAAGUAUUUUCCCAGAUAAUCACAUGAUUAAGAUCUUGAAAAUAAUGUUUAUUUUUUUGUGCAUUCCAAGCCCGUGAGAGGUCUUGUUCUGUCCUGAGUCAUUAUCGCUGUGAUACAGACUAUUGGCCCUUAACUGGUGUAUUUCUUAAUGUUAAUAUGGUAGAGACCCUUCUGUUACUGUACAUUUUAGUAUGACAUAGGCUCUUUUCUUAAUGAAUGUUUAAGGAAAUUGUGUUCAAAAUAUCUGUCAUGCUUAGGCAAUACUUAUUUACAGCCUUUUUAGUUGAUAGCAGGAAAGUUUUGUAGUUUAUCAACACUUUAAAUUCACAGUUCAGUUGAAAAAAUGGUUGCUGAGGGACUGCAAGCGAGAGUAGGCACUGUUUAGUUUCUCACUGUAGUCACCUGUUAAUGUUAUCCGGUUGUACUAAUACUUUGCCGAUGUCUUCCAGUUCAUACUGUGGUGGUUUGUUGCUUGCUGUUCCUGGUGAACCAAUAUUUCCCUGAUACAAAUCGUUAGUUUUGUAGUUGUAGUGUACUUUCAUUAAGAAAUAUUGCAUUUUGCCUAGUAUGUAACACAGUUCCCAAUAGGCAGCUGUAGUGUUUCUAACCACAAUAAAGUGAAGCACUCUGUCAGAAACAGCCCUGUCACAGUUAAGGUUGCUGCAAAACGAGAAAUAAUUUAUUUCCUUCAAGGCUUCAAGUUGUAAUAAUUUUAGAUAUGGUUAAUUCAGGUAAUGAUGGAAGAUGUUUGUUCAUGUAUGUGGAUGUUGGGGGGCAGGGGUACAAAGCAUUCGUAGAAAAGACAUUUCACUUUCUUUCCCUGAAAACAUUGUUCACAGGAUACUGUUUUUCUAUGGUUUUGUUUUGAAUCUAAGCGACUGACCAGAUGACAUUCUGGGAACUUUGACCCCUGUAUUUUAUAGUUACUGUAAAGCUCAAAAAACAUGAAGCUAUUCAAAUAUUUUAAAGCUUGGUAAAAUGUAUAUUAAGAGACCAAACGGACUAAUAUAUUACAGAAAUGUGUUCAAACUGCAGUUUUCUUUCCUGUUCAUAGAGGAGUGUUGUACUUUUGAACCUAGUGGUAUAGUUUAUAGAUGAUCAGAGUGCUACAACAAUUAUAUUUGUUCUCGUCUGUAUUGUAAAAGAAUGUAAAAAAUCAGGGCAGCAGUUAAAAAGUUAGCUACAUCUUGCCAUUCUUGUAGGCCUAAGACAUUGAAAACAUUUUGCUGGGUAUGAAUUUAAAAUGUUAUGUGUGCCUCAGCGUGAAAUUGUCCCCAUGGUGUUAUUCUGUUCCUUAGAGAUUGGCUCCAUCCUUAUGGGGCAGUUAACUUGGCUGAGUUUCUGUGCCCAGAACGGUAUGUUCCACUAGUUCUUCAAAAAAGGUCUCAUUAUGCCUAGGUGUAGUUUUCAGGAGAAGACCCCAAUAAUAUAUUUAUACUGAUAAAAUGGAGAAAUGACCCACUGACACAUCCCUACCUUCACAUCAUACCAUCCCAGAAUACAUUGAUGAUUAGUGUAGCACAUGCAACCAAAAUGUAGAGCCAACACUCCCAAUUUUCUGUUUUAUUUAUUUAUUUGGUGGGGUGUGGGGGGGGGGGUUAAACAGAGUUGGAAAGCAUGCAUUACUCUAUUUGCAGCACAUCUGCUAUGAGCUCCAAAUGCUUCAGUUUUAAUUCUAAUUUGGAAAGCUUGCUGCAUACGGCAGCUUUUGUGGCUACUGAACCUCUUGUUACCCAUUUCAGAGGUAUAUGAAGCAGUCUACCAUGAGCACAUAAAGCUGGCCUUUAUAAGUUUUGCUCGAGUGGACCUGCAGCUUGCCUGUCUUUUGCUGUACUUGUUCAGGUCCAGUGGUACUUGUGUACAGGCAUAAUAACAUUUUAAAAGCAUGAAUGCUAUGGAGCAUUUUCUACAUAGCUCAAGUGAUGUUGUGUAAGAAUCUUAUCAAGUUAGGACUCAGCUAUCCAUUAAAACUGUGGGAAUUCAUAUUUUAAUAUCGGCAAUGGUGGCACGAACGUGGAUGUACCAGGUGCAUUUUACACUGCUUUUGGUUCUAUGAAACCAUUUGUGAGGUACAGCCAGCAAACUGAAGGUUUUAUUUUAAAAAAUGAAGGAUUAAUCAGAACUGCAGACUGAAAAGCAGGGUCGUGUUUGCUAUUUUCAGUGGCAUUUUAAAUAUAGAUUACAUUUCUGUUUUGUAUAGCCAGCAUUCCUUAUUUCAACUUCUUUCCAACAGUGGGAUUCUCUGGGAACUUUCGUUAUGUCAUACUGUUAGCUCCUACCCUAUUUCUGAUGUAGCUGAUUUAUUCUGCUGUCAAUCCUGCCAUGUUGUAUUUGGAUUUGUAUGUUUUAAUCUUUGUCUGCAUGUUUCUAUUUAAAUAAUGUAAUACAUGGAGAAGCAAUCUUUUGGACCAAAGGCACUUAAUUAUUAUAUUACAAUAGACUACAUUAACAGAACAUCAGUAAAAAACUGGGUGUAUCUUUUCAUUACAGAUGGAUUUUGUGAAA